CGCGUUUCAAACACAACAGAGUACCCAGCUGUCAUCAUACCACCACUCUACAUUCCAAUCAAUACCACGCUAUCACUCAACUCUGUCAAGAACCUCAAUCGCAGGGUACGAAACCAUGGCGUCUCACUUCUUCUCCUUCCCGGCUCCUCUGAGCUCCACCAACACGUCAGGUAAACCACAAGAAAAGCGCAAACGCUCCUCGUCAACCGCCUUCUCCGAGUCUACGCACAGUACGCGCGACACCUCUAUAUCUGGACGAACGAUAAAGCGCACGCGUGCACGGCCCAACGAGGAGCACAUACACCAGUACACGCUCCAGAAACUCUUUGCUGCUGCGAAGGUUACGUCUACACCCUCGGGGAAGCAACUGCAGCCGGUGGUACAGACACAGACACUGCCAACACCGCCGCCGCCGCCGCCGCCACAGCCGAAGGCGGGCUUGUGGUCCUGGCUUCGGUGGGCGGGCACGGCGGCGCCCACAAUUGUGCAGGAGCAGCCGGUGCUGAAGUGUGAAGACUGUGACAGGGGAUUGGGACUCCAGGACGAGGAGGAGGCUAGAUGUGUGGGAUGUCACAGAGUAGUGUGUGAUUUCGGAUGCUCGGCGAGCAAUGGCGAAGGGAGAGUCUGCUUGGAGUGUCGUUGAUGGGCGGAGCUGCGGUCUGUGGAUGACAUGUUUUUCUGGAGU